UCUUCUCCUUCUCCUCCUCCUCCUUCUCCUCCUCCUCCUCCUCCUACUCCUCCUACUCCUCCUGCUCCUCCUUCUCCUCCUUCUCCUUCUUCUCCUUCUUCUCCUCCUUCUCCUCCUUCUCCUCCUUCUGCUUCUUCUUCUCCUCCUUUUCCUCCUUCUCCUCCUCCUCCUUCUACUUCUUCUUCUACUUCUUCUACUUCUUCUACUUCUCCUUCUCCUCCUUCUUCUCCUUCUCCUCCUCCUCCUCCUUCUCCUCCUUCUCCUCCUCCUCCAACUCCUCUUAAUCCUCCUGCUCCUCCUUCUCCUCCUUCUCCUUCUUCUCCUUCUUCUCCUCCUCCUUCUCCUCCUUCUACUUCUCCUUCUUCUCCUCCUCCUUCUCCUCCUUCUCCUACUACUCCUUCUACUCCUCCUAUUUCUCCUUCUCCUUCUUCUCCUCCUACUCCUUCUCCUCCUUCUCCUCCUCCUCCUCCUUCUCCUUCUUCUCCUCCUCCUUCUCCUCCUUCUCCUCCUACUCCUCCUCCUACUCCUCCUUCUCCUUCUCCUCCUUCUCUUCCUUAUCCUCCAUCUCCUCCUACUCCUCCUACUCCUCCUACUCCUCCUACUUCUCCUUCUUCUUCUACUUCUUCUUCUUCUCCUUCUUCUCCUUCUUCUUCUACUUCUUCUUCUCCUUCUUCUCCUUCUCCUCCUCCUCCUUCUCCUCCUUCUCCUCCUCCUCCUCCUCCUACUCCUCCUCCUCCUCCUACUCCUCUUACUCCUCCUGCUCCUCCUUCUCCUCCUUCUCCUUCUUCUCCUCCUCCUUCUCCUCCUCCUCCAUCUACUUCUCCUUCUCCUCCUUCGCCUCCUUCUCCUCCUCCUCCUCCUCCUUCUCCUCCUCCUCCUCCUACUCCUCUUACUCCUCCUGCUCCUCCUUCUCCUCCUUCUCCUCCUUCUCCUUCUUCUCCUUCUUCUCCUCCUCCUCCUUCUCCUCCUUCUACUUCUCCUUCUCCUCCUUCUCCUCCUCCUCCUCCUCCUCCUCCUCCUCCUUCUCCUCCUUCUCCUCCUCCUCCUCCUUCUCCUUCUCCUCCUGCUCCUCCUUCUCCUCCUCCUCCUACUCCUCUUACUCCUCCUGCUCCUCCUUCUCCUCCCUCUCCUCCUUCUCCUCCUUCUCCUUCUUCUCCUUCUUCUCCUCCUCCUCCACCUUCUCCUCCUUCUCCUCCUCCUCCUCCUUUAAUAACAGUGAUUUUAAAAGAUGCUGUUAAUUCCAGGAAAGGGGGGGAGGAGAACACUUGGAACCUCACAAAACACACGUGCAAAGUGUUAACCUUUGCAGAUCAGACACUGAGGGAAUUUAUCACUGCCAACCCCAUCUUGCACAAAUUACUGAAAGGAGUGUCCACACUUCAGAGUGGUUCUGGCUGCUUUAUCCCAGUGCUGAUCUCCUUAAGUCAGUUAAAUGCCAGUAUGGAACAAAAAGUCUCUCCAGUGAAGAGAAGCACAUACGGUUUCGAGCUAAAAGAGUCAAUAGAAAGCAAGCAAAUUCUUACUUUGUUGAUGCCUUUAAAUGAGUUGAUAGAGACAGCUUUCUACAAAUGGAAAGGAUUCCUAUGUAUUAUUACUACUGGAGAAAUACUAGAAAAAGCUGUCACACUCCUGACUCAAGAAGUUGUCCGUGAUGCUGAGGAUGAGAAUCAUAUCACUUUGAAGUACUUUGGUUUGUGUUUCUAUUCACUUAUUAGAGACCAUCUUGGUUACUUCCAGUUCUGGUCUUUAAGUGAAUUGCCUAUAUGUGAAAGGGUCUUUGCAAUGAUGUCUCAUAACUCUCUGGAAAACGGUGUUAAUCACAUUAGACACCUUACCCCAGAGGUUUACAGAGACAGACGCAGUGUGAAAUAUGAUCCCAACUUCUUUGAAGAAGCCUUGAACAGAGCUGCCGAUACUGUGAUCACAUUUACUCUUGUUUCAUGCCUAGGCACGCUAGUGGCAAAAGGAAUCCAUGUUAAUGUUCUUCGUAUAGGCUGUGACAAAACCACGCGCAUCUCUCAGACUGACAUUAAGCCCAAGGCUUCUCACAUACAAGCUGGGAUGCCUGAAAACGCGUCACAGCAGUCCGUAAGCACACAGGAAAUCCAUACAGGCACAGUUCAGAAUUUUGAGCAAUAG